AUUUCCCUUCUCACACUACCUCGAACUCUCCCUCACUCUCUCUCUCUCUCUCUAUAUAUAAGCACAGCAACAGACACCACUCUCCCACACCUCACUUUUCAUUUCCUCAUGGAUCUUCAAAAUCCUCUGUACUUCUUCUUCUGCCUUCUCCUCACUCUCCUCUCAAGUUCCCAAGCCAAGAAAUUCAACGUUGGUGAAAGCCAAGGGUGGGUUCCAAAUCCUUCUGAGAGUUACAACAACUGGGCUGAAAGAAACCGAUUCCAAAUCAAUGACACAAUAGUGUUCAACUACAAGAAGGGUUCGGAUUCGGUGUUGGAAGUGAAGAAGGAAGAUUAUGAUAAGUGCAACACGACCAACCCAAUUAAGAAGUUUGAAAACGGUGACACUGAGUUCAAGUUUGAUCGAUCAGGACCAUUUUACUUCAUUAGUGGAAAAGAUGGAAACUGUGAAAAGGGUCAGAAAUUAAUUGUUGUUGUUUUGUCCCCGAGAAAAUCACCAUCACCUUCAUCAUCGCCAUUGUUGCCACCAAAAUAUUUGCCUUCACCCUCACCGAAGCCUAACCCACCAACCGUUUCGCCGUCCUCUCCGCCGUCCCCUCCGCCGCCCCCAGCGGUUCAACCUCCGUCAAGCUCAAUAUCUCCGAAACCGGCCAGAGGGCCUUCGGCGGCAGCUCCGGGACCUGAAAACUGGCAUCCUGCGAGUGCUCCGGCGCCUCAAACCAUGUAUCCGGUGACUUCUCCUCCGGCACCGCCACCGGAGACGGGGACUCCACCGCCGUAUCUGGGGCCAGCUUCUUCACCGCAGUCUCCGGAGGGGCCAACUUCUCCGCCGCAGUCGCCGGCGGGGCCAACUUCACCACCGCAGUCGCAGCCGUCUAAUUCAACGGCGCCGUCACCGACGAGUGGUGGUUUUGCUGUGGCUCCUUCAAACGCUUUGGUGUAUUUCGUAACAAUUGUAGUUGGUGCGGCUUUGUUGCGUUACUGAACGUUCAUUUAGGGUUGAAAUUGAAACAUACUUUAGCAGGGACAUGUUGUGUUAACAAUGUUUUUAAGAAACACAUGUGGGAGUUAUUUUGUUGUUUUUCUUUUAA